AGCCUGAUUGGCAUCUCAGCCUGACUUUUAUUCCUCAGUGGCGUGUCGGUUGUGUCUGCGUCAGCAUGUCUCCGCUUUUGUCCCUCCUGGUGUUGCUGGCGUCCGUCGUUUUAGCAGGAAGCUUUCUAAGCAAGAAGCCUUCUUGUUACCUGCCGUCGCCACGCAAGCACUUUGGAGUCAAAACGGCACCCAGGGCCCAUGAGAUCCUGAACCUGGUUGUGCUACCCAAGUCCUGGGACUGGAGGAACGUGAACGGGGUCAACUACGUGAGCGCCACUCGGAACCAACACAUCCCUCAGUACUGCGGGUCCUGCUGGGCCCACGGCAGCACCAGCGCCAUGGCAGAUCGCAUCAACAUCAAGCGCCAAGCGGCGUGGCCUUCAGCCUACCUGUCCGUGCAGCACGUGCUGGACUGUGCCGCCUCGGGCACCUGUCACGGCGGGGACCACGGCGGCGUAUGGGAGUACGCCCACAAACACGGCAUCCCCGACGAGACCUGCAACAACUACCAGGCCAUCGAUCAGAAAUGCCACCCUUUCAACGCGUGUGGGACGUGUGUGACUUUUGGCGAGUGCAGCAACGUGCAGAACUAUACUUUGUGGCGAGUGGGCGACUAUGGCACCAUAAGCGGGCGGGAGAACAUUAUGGCGGAAAUCCACUCCAAAGGACCAAUCAGCUGUGGAAUCAUGGCCACGGAGAAACUGGACGCUUACAGGGGUGGACUGUACAUGGAGUACGUGGACAAGCCGGAGGUCAACCAUGUUGUGUCAGUGGCCGGCUGGGGGGUUGAAAACGGCACCGAGUACUGGAUCGUGAGGAACUCCUGGGGGGAACCGUGGGGUGAAAAGGGCUGGCUGAGGAUCGUGACGAGCGCCUACAAAGGAGGGAGUGGAUCUCGCUACAAUCUGGCGGUGGAGGACGACUGCAUGUACGGAGAUGUUCUGGUACCAAGACGGUACCCAUAGAUCACAUGCACUUGGUUCUUGGUGAGCAAUAAAGGACAUGAUUAUG